UGAUGAUGAUGUGUGUGACCAUUAAUACACAAUGUUGUGUAGAAAUCCUUUCCUAUUCGCCCUACCCUUUGUGCACCCAAAGACCUGGAUGAGAGAGACCCAAAGUCGUUGAUCCUUUUUCCUCCCGACUCUUGUCGAGUGGCACAGUGCUCACACGCAACAACAAGAGGGUUUUUCAGAUGUGUAGCCUCGUCAUAUCAAGGGAAAUGCAGUAGCAGUCGUAGUAGCGGCGGUGAAUCUUUGGAGGAGGACUCUCAUCGUACCGACCGUGCUGCCACCACCGUCAUGCCACCUCCCACCUAUCCUAUCGUCUGCUAUAGUCCCACCUCGACCCAACAGUGUAGAGUAGAGCUCACGCAACGUCUAAGCUCUAUACAAGUGUGCUACUCCCUCGGCUUUCUUUGUCAAUCGUUCACUAGACUCGACCGAGUCAGGAUCUCUUUUCUCUCUCUCACUUAUUCUGUCAUUCGCUGAUUUUGGAAACCUUUUUCUCUUGGUUGCCAUUUCCUUGUCAACUGUCGACUUGCAACGAGUUUAUUUCUAUUGUUGAAUCCAACUGAUUUCAAUCGAUUCGUACGACGAGUUUUUCCAAACAUCAAAAACACUUGACCGCCGCCAACAGCAGCCAUCAUCAAAAGACAAGGAGGAGUCUGGACAUAUCAGAGAAAAACGACAGACAUCAGUGCCGCCGGUCUUGGCCAAACUCUUUACCCACGUCACUGACAAUCAUCAUUUCUCGUUCCAAGUUUUGAACACAACUUUCUCGCGGGCUAUUUCUCAUCAUGACGACCAUUUACUUGACUACCGGAUCGGAAUUGUCCAUGUGCGGGAUGAACGGAGCUGCCGGGACCAACGGCGACCGACCCAAACUGCAAUCGUGCGUCAGCAUCGUGGUGGACGACGUGGACGGCGACUGUGACAACAACAGCGGAGGAGGGCAGCAUUAUUACUCGGACUCGCAUCACCACCACCAGUUCUACAUCCAACACCAGACGUCGGCCGAGGGCCAGCAGCAGGAGAGUAGUAAUAACGAGGUGUUUGACGACAACGCAGACGCCCGCUCCGACAUCAGCCAGUGCUCCCGCGGCAGCCGCGGAUCCACGUCCAGGGAGGAAAGUGAGACGAGGCUUCAACAGAUCAAGGAUGAAGUCCGCCACCGACGGGAUGAAUUUGCUCGGCUUCUCGACGAACACGAACAAGUCGUUCGCGAAUUGAGACGCAUCGAAAGCUCCGGCGAACUCCACUCGCUCGUCGAGACGUCAUCCAGCGGACGGACCGAAGAGGCCCCAUCUCUCGGACUCAAACAGGAAGAGUGAAUCGGGAAGGAAGAACAAAAAAAUAAGACAAAAACAAAAAAAAACCCAACCAACAUAGCUCUUUUUUUAUUAUUUUUCUGCAAAGUCAUCGCCCAUGUUUUAUUCAACAACACGACUCAUCCGCCGACGAAACACUUUCAAAGCAAAGUCAAAGCGGGAAAAUACCAAAAAAACUCCGUCAGGAAUUUCUGAAACUGAAAUCAGAUUAUUUGAAGAAAAGAAUAAAAACAAGAGCUGGAAUAAGUAGGACGAGAGAAAGAUGAAAAUGCGGAACUCUAUUUAUCCGCCGUGAAUUCUUUUUAUCACACAGUCGGGAGACGAAUAAUCCAUGCGAAAAAUAUUGAAAAAGUGGAAGAAUUUCCAAAAAGAAAAGAAGAAGUAGAGUUGGGUGUGUCAGCAUUUCGUCGUCGCUUCUCCUCGUUUCGUUUUGAAAAUUUCAUUUUGAAAAGAAAAGAAAAAAAUUGGCGGUCGAUUCGAAACUUUGUUUUCUUUCACACCAUUGCGUUCUAUUUUUUAUUUUAUUUUUUCGUUCGUUGUUCACCGAACUGGGACCGCGCAUCAUGCUGUAUCAUACAGUCAUCGUUGCGUGACUUUCAUCACUUUUUCUUUGGUGAUUUGACUGUCUGGAAUGAAUUGAUAAAAAGUCAUAUGUUGAGGCGACCGAAAAGAAUUUUUAUGAUUGCCAACUGCGAAUAUAAUAAGUGUGUAUGAGAGACGCCCCUUCCAAUAUAAUUCAGUUUGUGACGCAAGGGAAAAUAAGAAUUGAACCACAGGACAGAGUGAAAAAAGACAAUGCUUAUUGAAAAAGAGAGAUACACGCGCUUGCAUAGUAUGUACGUCGAGUGAAUGACACAAAUGGUAUCAUGGAAUUCAUACCGGUUUAAGUAGCUACAUCAAAAUGCGUGUUAUAUAUAUAUAACCAUCGAUAUAUAUAAUGUGUGCCUUGCUGUGUAGGUUAGUUUUGACGACGACUAAAACGACGACUGGGAAAACAAAAACAUUAACAUUCAGAGACCACUAUAUACCAAUUAUUAUUAUAUCGAUUAUAACUGAGAAAAAAAAAGUAAAAACGUCUAAUUCUAUUUGCGCGUAUACACAACACAGACAUAUGUAACGGAAUAUAGAGAGUUCGGACUGUGUUACCACCAUUCUUAUUAUUAUAUAUCCCCCACAUGCCCGCGCCCGCAAACCAAAUUAUUAUUAUACCUACUCACUAUACAUAGCGCACCACCGGACUGCCCCCCCCCCUCCAUUCUCCUCCGUUUUAGGUCAUCAUAUCUAUACUAAUAAGUUUCCGUGUAAUGAAUACCAAGUCUUCAUCUGGCCUUUGCGCUCUACGCGUCUCUAUUCUUAUAGAUGCGUAGGUAUACGUGCACCAGUGGAUUUGAUUCAAUCAGGCAGGAUCAGCAGCAAUACAGUAGAAUAGUUAGACAAUGUAACGACCAUUCGCCAUAGACUUUAAUGGAGUCGGUUGUCCAUCGAUCGAGUUGUUAUAACAUCGGCAUCAGUAUAAAACAUUUCAAAACAAGAGAAAACCAAAUUCAACAAAUCAAACGUGGGUCCUGAUUAUUACACUAUAUCACAAUAUUAUAUGUGCGUGUGUAUGUCAUUUGAUGCGUGAAUGCCUCUGCGUGUGUGUGUGUUGUAUUAUAUGCCCAUCAAAUAAUUUCAAAAAAUCUGCUUUGAAUUUGGUUUUUCUUUAGAACUUGACGCCAAAAAUUCUUUUUGGGUUUUUCUUUUCAGCCUCUUGUUGUUUUUAUUCUUCCAAAUGUAUGCGUCCUAUAUGAAAUGAGUUUGUGCGAUUGCGUGUCUCCUGUGUGUCUCAGCAUAUUAUAUUAUACAUAUUAUACACCACAUAUUACAUAUAUACCUGUAUUACUAUUAUGGCUCAUUAUCGUUAUUACUCCCGUGUCUUUUAUUUGUCGAUCAUCAUAUCUCUCCCUUUUGUGUUUUGUUGUUCGACCCGGAAAACAUCGAUUAUUUGGUUCCGCUGCCACCGCGUAUAUGAUGAUAUGUCUCUGUAUCAUAUCGUUAUACUGUGGCGUCAUUUCUUUUUGAUGUGCGCGCUCUAUUUGAAUUUUUUUAGUUGAUUUCAUUAUUUUCUUUUUCCCAAAAGAGAACGAUGAGAGCGCUAUGGAGAUUGAGUUGUAUUUUUCUUUUCUCUUUUUCUUUUUUGGCGCGUGCGUCACGUGAAUAUAACGAUGAUAAUAAAUACAGAAAAAAUUUAAAAAAAAAAGGAAAUACACGUCUAGACUGAA